UUCAACUUUCAACUCUAUCCCCUUACCCAGCGUCUCUUUCUACCCCCAAACCAUUUGAAAACCCGAACAAAGAGACCUCGCCCCCAGUCCCAGUUCCUCAGAUGCCGAUGAAGUGAACCCACUGUUCCCCUUUCUCUAUUCCCCUCUUCACUCUCCCAAGACAAACACCCACCCAUCGGCUUCUGUCCUCCGAUCAAAACAAAACCCCUAUUUCCUCUUUCCCAUUCGCAGCUUCCCUCCCCUUCCAACCUCCCUUUCUCUCCUCAAAGCUGCCUCCUUUCCUUUAAAAUCUCCCCAAAGGCGGCACCUUUCGUCCCCUUUCCCUCUCCCGUUUCUCCCUCCCUCGCCGUUUCCUCCAGGAUUGGCCAUUUGGGCGCUUGGGUCUGCUGCCUGUGGUGGUCGAUCCAGGGAUUUAUGGGUGCUUUGUCGGCGCUUCGAGAGGUCAGAUGAUGGCAACCCCCUUUUCUAAAGCUCCGUUAUUUUUCUAUGUACUUCAAGAUUUGGGUUUUCUACCUUGGGAGUAUUGGGAUUUUGAUGCCGUAGAUGUUUGACCUGCUGCUUAUGAUGCAAGUUCGCUGGAGAAGGGGUCAUAGGGCUGACGGAUUCUUUGGGGUUUCGUGGCCGCCGCUAUCCGAGCCAAGCUCGUUACCUACAUGCCGGCUUGUGGUGCGGAGCUGGAGAAACCCUCCAUCUUGGAGAUCUCUGGGUAAAAGAGCUCUCAUCAGCGGCCGGAUGGUUAUUUUGCAGUGUUAAGGAAGAAGGUAAUGGGGAACAGUGCUUCUCGAGUAGUUGGUUGCUUCGUGCCGCUGGGAAAUGGGAAGGAGGGGAUCGAUUUGGAGUUUUUAGAGCCCCUUGAUGAAGGAUUGGGCCAUUCCUUCUGUUAUGUUAGGCCGGUGAUUGUUGACUCCCCUGCUAUAACCCCGUCAAAUUCUGAAAGAUAUACUGUAUAUUCGAGCACCCUCGAUUCAGAGACAUAUAGCGGUUCCUUUAGGCAGGAGAUGGUUGAGGAUUUGGCUGGCUUGCAGAGGGUUAAUAACAAUUUCUCUGAAACUACCUUUAAAACCAUAUCGGGGGCUUCAGUCAGUGCAAAUGCCUCGACUGCUCGGACUGGCAAUCCGAACAUGCUGCUCUUGGGUGAUGCCCAUGAGCCUGCUGCUUCAUUUGAGAGCACAGCAUCGUUUUCUGCGAUCCCUCUGCAGCCGGUGCCACGUGGUUCUGGUCCAUUGAACGGGUUCAUGUCGGGGCCCUUGGAAAGGGGGUUUGCUUCAGGGCCUCUGGAAAGAGGGGUGGGUUUCAUGUCGGGGCCUUUGGACAAGGGCCUUUUCAUGUCUGGUCCACUUGACAGCACCGAUAGGAGCAACUUCUCAGCUCCACUUGCUUAUGGCCAGAGGAGGCCAGGGUUUGGGCGGCUUAUGAGGCGCAUGAGUAGGCCCAUGAAGAGUGCAUUUUCAAGGGCUUUUCCAAGGCCCUUGCAGGGUCCUGGCUGGAUGCAGCGGUUCCUCUUGCAUCCAAUGACACAGUUGGUGUGGCAUUCCAAGGAGGCAAAGUUUCGAACAGAAGCUCCACAGAAUUGCUUGGAGGUUGGGCCAUCUGAACCUGAGUACAGCAACACCCGUAAUUUGCAGUGGGCUCAUGGCAAGGCUGGAGAGGACAGGGUGCAUGUUGUGCUAUCUGAAGAGCAAGGAUGGCUAUUCAUUGGGAUAUAUGACGGUUUCAGCGGCCCUGAUGCACCUGAUUUCUUGAUGAGCAAUCUGUAUAAAUCGAUAGAUAAAGAGUUGGAAGGAUUGCUAUGGGAUUAUGAAGACAAGCCUGGGAGGAGUGUACCGUCAUCUGGUCUUAUUGAUCAUGAUGAUGUUGGGGUUUCAUCAGAUUUUGUAAAGGAAGAAUGUGGUGGUCCUCAGUUGCACAAUGAUGAUUUAGAAAGACAAGGUAAAAAUCCUUCUCAAGCACGUGAUGAAUGUUCUAAAAAUUGGUGCAAUGAAGGAGUUGUACCUAUCCGGUUAAAUGAUGAUGCAACUGGAGUGGAACCUACAGUGGAGAAGGGGUCAGGUGAUGGAUUAGUGGAAGCUGAUGAAAUAGUAGGGGGAAAAGAUGGAUCUAAAGAUGUACGCCAGCUGCAAUGUGAAACCAGCCAAGAUUGUGCUGCAAAUCUGGGUGAUGUAAAUUCAGAGACAGCAAACCAUGUUGAUGUACUGGAGAGUGAAGCCUCUUUCCCAGCAAUGAACUUAGCAAGCCAAUGCAGAAAAAGCAAGCACCUUUAUGAGCUGCUUCAGAUGGAACUGUUGGACGAAUAUGGUUUGAAGGAGCCUCAGUUAGCAUCAGAAGUUGGGAAGAAGAGAAGUUCCUGGGAUUUGCAGUCAAGUGCUGGUGAAGACCUGAGUACUAGAGAAAGCUUACCAACAGCAGAGGCUGUUUUGUGCUCUUCAUGUAUCAUAGGAGAAAGUUCAGGUCAUGUGGAAGAUGCUGGCGGUCUGAGGGACAGUGAGGGUGUUUUGGGGGAAGAUUGCAGAGAUUCAAAGCACAGACGUGUGGCUUCAUUUUCUACUUUGGGGCAUAAGCAGAUGAUGAAGAGAUCACUGAUUGGAUCAAAAUUGAGGAAAAUGUACAGAAAGCAGAAGUUGUUGCGUAAGAAGCUUUUCCCCUGGAGUUAUGAUUGGCACAGAGAUCAGUCCCAUGCGGAUGAGAGGGUAGUUAAACCAUCAGUAGUUAUUAGGAGAUGCAAGUCAGGACCAGUGGAUCAUGAUGCGGUGUUGCAGGCAAUGUCACGAGCACUUGAAGCAACAGAGGAAGCUUACAUGGAAAUGGUGGAAAAUGCACUUGAUAAAAACCCAGAGCUCGCACUGAUGGGCUCAUGUGUUCUUGUGAUGUUGAUGAAGGAUCAGGAUGUUUAUGUCAUGAACCUUGGUGAUAGUCGUGUUAUCUUGGCACAAGAUAGGCUAAAUGAUCGGUAUGUUAACCAAAAUCUUGCAAAAGAUGAUACGAGGUAUAAAAACCGGCCGAGGGAGUCACUUGUUCGUGUGGAAUUAGAUAGGAUCUCGGAGGAGUCUCCCAUGCGUAACCUCAACAGCCAAGUCUGCAACAUUAACAAGAAUAGGGAACUCUCUCUUUGCACAUUAAAGAUGAGGGCUGUUCAGCUGUCUACCGACCAUAGUACUAACAUUGAGGAGGAAAUUCUGAGAAUUAAAGUGGAACAUGCUGAUGAUCCUCAAGCUGUCCUGAAUGAUAGAGUAAAAGGACAGUUGAAAGUUACUAGAGCAUUUGGUGCAGGGUUUCUGAAGAAGCCAAAGUUUAAUGAAGCUUUGCUGGAGAUGUUUCGGAUUGAUUACAUUGGAACCUCACCAUAUGUUAGCUGCAUUCCCUCAGUUCUUCAUCACCAUCUCUGCUCAAAUGAUCGCUUCUUGGUCCUUUCAUCUGAUGGGCUUUACCAAUAUUUCAGCAACGAAGAGGUAGUUGCACAUGUUUUGUGGUUUAUGGAAAAUGUACCAGAGGGAGACCCUGCACAGUACCUGAUAGCCGAGCUUCUUUUUCGUGCAGCUAAGAAGAAUGGUUGGAUUUGAUGUCAAUGUGAAGAGUACGAUCUCUUCUUCAUGGUAUCGUCUUUGGAGUAAUCCAUAUUGGAGCCCUUGCCGCUUGAGCACAGAAAUACUACAUCGUCAUCUGAGAGGCAUAUCACAAGCGGCGAGCACAGAAAUACUACAUCGUCAUCUCGGAAGCAUAUCGUAACUUGUGUUUUAGGUUGGAUUUGAUGUCGAUGUGAAGAGCACGAUCUCUUCUUCAUGGUAUUGUCUUUGGAGUGAUCCAUAUUGGAGCCCUUGCCGCUUGAGCACAGAAAUACUACAUCGUCAUCUCGGAGGCAUAUCGCAAGCGGUGAGCACAGAAAUACUACAUCAUCAUCUCGGAGGCAUAUCGCAACCUCCAUUCAAUCCGUCUAGCCUGUUUAGCCAAUUUUUCGAUCCUCUAGCUUUGACAUCCAUCGCCUUUAAAAUCAUUAUAAAAUCAUUUAACCAGCAAAAUGAUCAAUUUUCUUCGGGGGCAAAGUGGAAAUUUUAGAAAGCUGGUAAAGUUCGUCUUUCCAUCUUUUCCCACUUUCCAUCUUAUCCCACGAUUGGUAUUUCACUCCAUAGGAUGUAAUUUAUAUUGAAGAAGUUUGGCUGCAACUCCACUCCUCUACUUCAGUACAAGAUGCAAGUUACUCUGGGCUUGGCUAGCAUCAUAAUAUUUCUUGAAUGUCAUUAGAAAAUCUUAUUUCUUUCGUCUACAUGGCGACCAAGAAAAAUAUCUACAAGCAAUGAUAGAAAUAAAUUAGAAGAAGUUGAUGAUUUUGGAUGUCAAUAAAUUAAAUACUAUGACUGCACUUGUUGUUGUUGCAAAUCUCCGGACUGACGAUGGUUGUUCACUGAUAUGGAGCUCGGAUCUAGUUAGAGGGUGCUUCCUCCUUUGGAAAUUUGCAAUGAAAAUCAACACUCAUCAGAUGUGCUUAGAUGGAAAGAAGAAUCUCUGAUGUUUAAGUUAGCCGGAGCUUGAGAAUAAGAAAAGAAAAUAAGAAAAGUGCAGAGAGAGUAAGAAAAUGUGGGCGUUGUUUUUCUUGUACUUGUUUGUCCUUAUCUUAGAAUCUCCUCAUUACCUCUUUAUACAGAGAUGGAGCUAUAAGUUGUUAUAUCUAAAUUUAGUAGGUCGUUACAUCCUGAAUUGUUAGAUUAUUGGGUCUUAAUCUAAUAGAUCGUUAGGAUAGAAAAAUCGUCCAUUAACCUGCAAAUCAUUGUUAGUUGUGGGUGCCAAUUGUGGAUUCUGUCCACAUUUUAGAAGUCGUGGGGAGAUUCUAGUGAGUCGACCUUG